UACUCAUCCAUACCUGAGGCAGCGGUAUCAGCUGACAGUUCCCUGUGAUUGACAGCGAGCUCAGCCAAUCCCCUGCCGGCGUUCCCUUACCGUCUCUCCCCCCGCCAAUGGGAGCCGCUCGGUUAAGGGCAGCGGUAGGAAAGAGGCAGGAAGUGGCGGGGACUGUGCCAUUGUGCAGGGAUGAGGCCGGUCCGGCGGGGAGGAGGAGGCUCCGGGUACCUGAGACAAGUGUUGGUGCUGCUGUGCGGCUGUCUGACUGACGGUCUCUUUGUCACCGAUUACUUCACUCGCACCCCCCGGAAGCUGAAUCCCUUCCGCUCAGUGGGCAGCGUGGAGCUUUUCCAUUUCCACGUCCCAGAAGACACAGUGAUUGCCGUGUGGAACCUCAUAACCUUUAAGGAACAAGGGGGCACCUUCGGAGACCACUGCCCUGACCGCACUAUCACUGUGUAUUUCCGAUCGGGGGCUCCCCCAGUUAUCAAUCCCUUGGGUGCUCAUUUCCCCCGAGAUACAGCUGUUCCUGGAACAUUCACCCUCACUUUGACGUGGGCCCUACCAAACCGGACCACUGGGGUGUUCAAUGUCACAAGUCCACUCCCUGGUGAUUGGUUCCUAGCGGCUCACCUGCCUAAGGAUGAUGGGAAGAUCACUAUCAAGGGGUUACAUGAUGAGUGUCAGUAUCUGUUCCAGCCGCAGCUUAUUGUGCAGAGAGCAGUCGGGGUGCCGGUGCUGUACCCUGGAUAUGUCACUGAGCAGAUGCUUCCGGCGCACAAUCGCUCGGCACUGUACAAGGUAUUUGUACCUCAGUUCACCUCUGGGCUGAGAAUCCGCCUCCUGGGCUGUCGGACUGGGACACACGUAGGAGAAAUGUGCCCCCUUCUGCUAAGACUUCGUGCCAAAGCCCCCCCUCUGCACAACUCUUCCAGCCAGGACUGCCCCGUACCCUCCGCUUGCCAAUUGCUGAUGCCUCUGCCCCUCUGGCAGCACUGGUAUUAUAUUUUGGUGGAGAGAAGUGGAGUCCCGGGCACUGCCAUCUACUUCCAGCUCACGGCACAUCUGCAUGACUGUUCCCGCCCUGGACUCAGUCGCUCUACUGGUCCCAGCUCCUCUCUGAACAUGCCCCAGUCCUUUGGCACUGCUGGUGGUCUGGCAUCACUGGAAGGUCUUCCCUCCCCAGGAGUCUCUCUGUUGGCUAGCAAUGUGUCCUGGGCUGAUGCCACUUCCCUCCUGCCCUCCUGCUGGCCAAUCCGACCCACACUGAGAAAUGAACUUGACACCUUUUCUGUCCACUUUUACAUAUUCUUUGGCCCCAAUGUGUUAGUUCCCCCAGACCGACCAGCAGUGUUCAGCAUUAAUCUCCUGCCUGUGCUGGACAGUGGGGGAGUCCUGAAUCUGGAGCUCCGACUAAACACAUCCUCAAUCCAGGGGGAAAAUCUGACAGUGUUUGGCUGUUUGAAUCAUGGGGUUCCUCUGAUCUCUGGGGAUAAUGCAACUAUCAGCUGCCAGACAGAAUCUCUGUCUGGCUUCUCCGUCUCAGUGAAUAUGGCAGAUCCAGUCAGUCGGCUGAGAAUCCCAUACCCACAAACAGGCACAUGGUACCUCAGCCUGCGCUCUCUAUGUGCCUCUGAACAUGGGUGGCGGCCAUGCAGUAACAUCAGUGCCGAGUUAAACCUGCGCACUUUCUUGUCUCCAUGUAUCAAUGAGUGUGGGACGUAUGGACAAUGUAAACUCCUCCGAACCAGCAACUACCUGUAUGCGGCCUGUGAAUGCAGAGCUGGCUGGAGUGGUUGGGGUUGCACAGAUAACACUCAGGCAUUCACCUAUGGCUUCCAACUGCUCUCCACAUUACUCCUGUGUCUGAGCAACCUCAUGUUCCUUCCACCCGUCCUCAUUGCUCUGAGCAGCCACUAUCUACUCGAGGCCUCUGUCUACAUCUUCACCAUGUUCUUCUCUACAUUCUAUCACGCCUGUGACCAACCUGGAAUCGUUGUCUUCUGUAUCAUGGAAUACGAUGUGCUGCAGUUCUGCGACUUUCUCGGCUCCCUGAUGUCUGUGUGGGUGACGGUUAUCAGCAUGGCCCGGCUCCAGCCAAUCAUCAAACAGGUGCUGUACCUGCUGGGUGCAAUGCUUCUCUCCAUGGCUCUUCAGUUAGAUCGACAUGGGCUGUGGAACCUUCUUGGGCCCAGUUUGUUUGCUGUGGGCAUCAUGGCGGUGGCCUGGACAUUCCGGACUAUCCGGCGCCGCCAUUGUUACCCCCCAACAUGGAAGCGCUGGCUCUUCUACCUCUGCCCCGGGACCCUCAUUGCUAGUUCUGCCAUUGCUCUCUAUGCCUUUGUGGAGACCGAGGAGAACUAUUUCUACAUCCACAGUAUUUGGCACAUGCUUAUUGCUGGGAGUGUCGGCUUCCUCCUGCCCCCACGUGCCAAACCUGAUGGGAGGGUGGCCCCCCUGAGCCGCAGGAAAGGCUGUGGCUACCAACUGUGUGUCAAUGAGCAGGAGGAACUGGGCCUGGUUGACCCGGGGUCUGUUUCCAUAAACAGUAUCUGUACCAGCUGACCCAGAAGGACAUGGAGCGGGGACAUGUGUCAAUCUCUGGGACCAGUGCAUUUCGCCCAAUUGGACAGAACACUGUUGCCUAGUAACUGGAAACUGCCCACUAAUCCUGUCUUCCUACUGGCAGUUAGUAUUGGGAAGCGGAUGGAAAUACAAAAUGUCAGUCAUCGACUUGGCUGGGCAUUGUCUUCUACAUUGGGUUGUUUUCCAUACAAAAUGGAUUGUUACUAUGAUGCCAAAUUAUCAGAUUAUUGAUCUAAUGCAGAAAUACCUCUUCUAUGACACGACCCAAGGACUUUGCUAAUUAAUGUGUUUUUUUUUUCCUUUUUAAUAGUAUUCAUAAGGGAUCGAUGCAAAAUGACUGGACUACAUGUAUAUUGUCUGGGGGAGGGUUAAUAGAUACAAUGAGCGGCUGCCUCAGGAUUUGGGACAGACAGACCUGGUUUAUCUGCUAUGGGGGGGGGGGUUGAUAAACAGAGACAAAGUGCUUGAAAGGACAGAAAGUAAAUGCCAGCUCUUUAUAGUGAGUGAUGGUGGGGUUCAGAGGGUACCCUAGCUGAACUUAUUGGGUACAUGUAGGUUUGACUGUUAAAGGAUAAACAAUGAAGAUAUGGGGUUCAUGGAGAUUUGGGGUGAAAGGAUAAAAAAUUAAGAUAGGGGGUUCAUGGAGAUUUGUGGGUGAAAGGAUAAUAAAUGAAGAUAUGGGGUACAUGGGGUGGUUUGUGAGCAGCUGCUGAAGGGAGUCAGGGGGUACAUGUUGGGACAUACAAGAUGCAGCUGAAGACUUGGGGUGCAUGGGGAGAAGGCAGCAAAGCUUGGGAUUCUCUAGAAUAUGUCAAACAACCAAUAGCUGUGGCAGAAAAUGAUCUUGAUAUAGGGGACAGGUGAAUACAAAGAGCUGGAAGAUAAUGUGGAAGGUAGAGGCCCCAAUUGAGUCAGGGUCUGUCUGUGAAUAGAGGGACACGGGGCUUGGGAGGUAGAACAGAAUCACCAGCGUCCAACUCAUUAUCUCAACAUCUUCUUCCAGAAUUGGUUUGGGCUGAACUAGUAGGAAGGAAAUAUCUGCUUAACUUCUUCUCUAAACCCUGUCCAAUCAACUUCCACUUUUACUUGAAUUCUUCCUCCUUUCCCCACACUCCUGUCACAGAGAGACUGAAGCUUCCCAGCAGCUCCAGUUGGCCCAGUAUGACCAGGGUUUCCAUGUUCUUCUCAUGUUCUUCUCUUGUUCUUCUCUUGUUCUUCUCUUGUUCUUCUCUUGUUCUUCUCUUGUUCUUCUCUUGUUCUUCUCAUGUUCUUCUCAUGUUCUUCUCUUGCCUCAUCACUGAAUAACCAGUGAACUAUGUGUGUUGGUUUGUGAGGAUUUAUCAGUAUUUUUGCUUAUGUGAAUUGAAUGAAAACUUCUAAGAUUAAACCAAAAAUUUGAUUUCUGAAUGAAAAA